CGAGAAUUACCGGUAGAGAUGCGGAGGUCAAGCAAAAUGCUUGGGAGCAGCUAAGAACAGCCUAGAUACACCGACUUGAAGGACUGCUGCUCUCUAUUGGGACCGGACUUCCAAUCAACCCCAGGCAUUCAAGUCCGCAAUGAUGCGCAAAAAAUACCGCGGCCACGUCCUCGGAUACGGGCACUGCCAAUUUCCACCAUUCCUCAUUUGAUAUCGGGCUGGUUUUCAAUGGCAAUUCAUUGACCGACGAGGAUUCUUGAGGCUCAUUGCAAUAGUCUGUCUUUUACUGCGCAAGACAGACCGGCCGACUCGUGUUUGGGGAAGAUGGUGGACAAUCUUCUUGGUGGCGUGCAGUAGCGCAUCGGUAUAAGACAAGCCAUUCUCAAGGGCGUCGAAUACCCGCCGAUCAUCAUAGGAGGCCAUUCCUCUACAGGGUGAAGAAUGACAACUAUUGACGUUGACUGCACGAUGGCGUCUCAGGGCAGAAAAGUAAAGUGUUCGGAAGACGGUGGACACAUAGUCUGAUUUUUGUUAUAUAAAUCCGGUCGACAACCACCUCAUCAUCACAUCUUCUCUCUCCAUCAUCAGCAUCAAAAACCAAAAAAACACUGAGCACUCUCUCACAACACACAUUCGUUUAACUACAUCAUCUCAUCCAACGCUCGCUUUCGCAAACAAUUCACUCGUUUAUUAUUCGCUCUUCCAACAACCAACUAUUCAAAAUGCAGUUCACCAUCGUCACCGCUCUUACCUUCGCCCUCGGCGCUCUCGCUGCUCCUCAGCUCGGAGGUGGCGCCCCUUCCCGUCUCACUCCCGUUCCCGGUGAUGUGACUGUCGGCCAGGCCGGUGACACCUGUGGUUCCGACCUCGAUCUCAGCUGCUGUGACAAGGUCGACCAGUCUGGCGACUCCAUCAACGAGGCCAGCGGCCUCCUCGCUGGUCUCCUCGAGGGUGGCCUUGAGAACGGUGAGCUCGGUCUUUUCGAAGGCUGCUCCAAGUUGAACGUUGCUGCUGUCAUUGGUCUCUCCGACUUGCUCGAAAGCCAGUGCAAGCAGACCCCCGCUUGCUGCCAGCACUCCGGUAUGGGCCAGGAGGGCCUUGUCAACGUCGGUCUUCCUUGCGUUGCCCUUGGCAGCGUGUUGUAAACGCCAGCCUGGUACCAAUACGACUUGCAUAAUCGGUGCAUAGCAUUAGGGGAAAUGAGAUAUGUGGGGAUGUAAUGUUGGGGAGAGUGCCAAAUUGUAUUGUUUAGCCUGCUUUCCAUGAUUUAGUAAAUCCAACUUCAGUCGCUCGUUAAC